AUGAGUAACUCGACAAUGAACUUCACCUCAAGUGAUUCUACAAACUCCACAACUCAGUCCUUUGGACAACUGGAUUUUUGUCUGAAUAGCAUCAGUUUGCUAUUUGGUCUUCCUACACACUUCUAUGUUAUAUGGCUCAUCAUCACAGGAUCAGGAAGUGGAGUUGCAUCAGCAUUCUUCAACCUCAAUCUCUCAGUUUGUGAGAUUGGUAACUCUCUAUUAUGUUUCUUUAAUGCAAUGGCAAUUUGUUUUUCACGUCUCAAGAUAGUAUCAAAUUUACUAGAAGGUCUAGGCAUCACCGGUCGUCCUCUGUUUCAGUGUCUGAUCUGUGUUGAGCGUUAUCUGGCAGUGCUUCAUCCUGUAACCUUUCUGAAGUACAAACCUCUCAGAUAUAGAGUGAUCUGCUGCACUGCUGCCUGGAUAAUCACCAUUGGAUCCUGUUUUAUCUCCAUGUUCAUUUUAAUGUUGCACAAUACUACAGCACAUACAUGGUUCUUCUCACUGCAGUUCCUCCUCUUCCUCUUCAUCCAGUUGUUUUGUCUUGUGGCUGUUCUCAGAGCUCUGAAGCAGUCAGGACCAGGAGAGAGAAAGAAAGAGGAGGAAAGCCACAUAAAAAGAAAAGCAUUUGAUCUCAUUCUAAUAAGUACUAUCGCCAUUACUUUUAUAUAUGUGCCAUAUAUAAUCAUAGGAUUCUGUUCUGUUUUGACUCAGCAGUUUAUUAAGGACCUCUAUUCUUUUAGUUAUGUUUGUUAUGUACUGGCUGGUUUUGUUCAGCCUGUUCUUUAUCUACAACAUGUUGGAAAACUUCCUUUUCUCAGAACCUCAUAA